GGCCUGGCAACCUUGACGCCGAGUGUUAGCGGACAAAUCAACAGCACCUCAGCGGUCUAGAACAGUUCACUCACCACCACAACAAGCCUCCAACUUAUAAAACAGCCGACGCAUAGAGAAACGAAGGGCGAUUGAUCUUGCCUCGAUAGCUGGGAAUUUGCAAUGUCGUCGUCUGGCGGCGCUCUGACGCGGUCGCGAUCUCUGCGCAAGCCAACAAUCACGAGCAGGCCAGACGCCGAAUCGACGGCAUCGGCAUUGCCAUCGCCCGCCGACGACAGCAAUGGCGAUGGCCAGCUGCGCAACGUCUCGCCGAGCAGGCUGCCCGUCAAGGGCAUGGGCGCUGUCUCUAGCCGCCCGCCGCCAACAAGGACAGCUGCCGCAGUGGGAGUGGCGGCGCGGAGCAACACAUCGAGGCCUCUGUCGGGCGUGUUUGGCCGAAUGACAGCCUCGUCGACUCGCAGCCGCGCCCCUGAGAAUGAGACACCCCCGUCUUCGGGCCCCGACACAGCAGCAGCAGCAGCAGCAGCAGCACAGCAGCAGCAGCAGCAGCAGCAGCAACCCCACGGCGCGGCCCGCGUUCACGACCCUGCAGCAGCACUACUCGCCGGCCAAGUCGCUGGCGCCGAAGCCGCUGACGGCGUCGUUCCUAGCGCCGCCGUCGCCGUCCAAGCUGCCGGCCAACGUGGCCGCGUCCGCCGAGACGAGCCGCCUGCAGACGGAGCUGCUGCAGCUGCACCUGCUGCACCGCUCCGCCGGGCCCGUCGCCGCCCAGUGGCGCGCCAGCGCCCGCCACAAGCUCGCCGCCCGCUUCGACCGCCUCGUGCGUGCCGCCGACGACGUGGCCCGCCUCGACGCCGGCGCCGCCGAGAGGCGCAACGUGCGCGCCUUGCUAGCCUGGCAGGGACACGGGCACGGGCAUGCAGCUGCCGAUUUCCCACCAAGCCUGUUAGGGGUAGGAGCAGCAUCUGCAGAGAAUACGGGAGCAACGCUGCUGGAGCACAAGGUCCAGACGCUCGACGCCGUGCUCACGGGGCUCUGGGCCGUCGCCGAGCCCGGCGGCCGCUACGCGCGCGCCGUGCGCCGCUUCGAGCGCUGGGCCGAGCGCGUCGACGCCCUCGCCGAGCUGCGCCGCGCGCUGGCGAGCAACAGCGAGAACCACCCCGCAGCGGCUGCUGCUGCUGCUGCUGUUGUUGCGUCGACGGGUGAUGAUAAUGGCAGUGGCGGUGGUGAGGACGAGCUCUCUGUGCUCGCCGGCGAGCUCGAUGCCGCGUGGAAGGACGAGUGCGCGGGCCUCGUGCGCCGCCUCGACGAGUGGCACCGCAUGCUGCGUGGCGAGCUGGCGGGUCAUGACGAUGAUGGGCUUUUAUCAACUGCGGAGCAAGAAGGCGACGAAGGAAACGACGAGAGCGGUGGUGAAGGAAGCAGCCUGCACAGGAUCCUCACCGCCUGCCGCGUGCUUGUCGCCGACAUGCUCGCCGAGCUGCACGCCAUGGACCGCAUCGAGCGCGACGCUGUCGCUGCCGAGAAUGCCUGGGUCCGUGCCAUGAAUAGGGACGGCGAGGACGAUUCGCCUCCGGCGCCGGCGAGGGCGGGUGCGCUUUGGCGCGUGCUCUAGAGGGGAUAGAGGACAAACUUUCUCUUUCGAAACGGAGUCUUUUGGGGGGGGCUGUGAAAGGCUGGUCUGUUGUGUAAUGUGUAGAGGA